AUGGGCAGAAUGGAUUUCAAAAAAGAAACUAGAAUUGGCAUCGUUUCCAAGCUUCACUUUGAAUGUGACAACUGCGAUAAAACCUUCAUCAUUUGUACGAGUGAAUCGCCAAAUGGAAAAUUGAAUGAUUCGGUUGUUUGGGCGAGUUUGUCCAUUGGUAUAGGACAUAGUCAAUGUGAAGAAUUAUUCGGAGUUAUGAACAUUCCAUCCAUGCAUCAGAAAACGUUUGCCAAUGAAAUGGUAUCUGUAAAAAAGGGGAUCAUCAUUGGUGCCGAAACGAAGAAACCAUUAUUUCUAGGAAUCCGCAACAAAUUUUGUUCUCUAUGUUCCUAUUAUGAAAAACAUGAACUUCCGCAAAAAAAACACGAAUGCGCUCUGAAUUUCAAUGGACCUUCCACUGCAAUGGAACAGGAUAUUAUAGUAGAAGGUUUCUCAAAAAGUAUAGAACAACACGGUGUUAUUUUUAAAUACAUGAUUGGAGACGGAGAUUCUAGUGUUUAUGCCCGUAUUGUGGAGAGAGUUGCAUAUGGGCGUCAGGUAAUAAAAAUUGAGUGUGCCAACCAUAUGACACGUUGUGUCAGUGAUAAACUGCAUAAAAUUUCCACGAACACAGUAUACCCUUUAGCUGCUAGAAAAUUACUGACAUCUAAAGGUACUGAAGGUAUAUCUAGAUUAGGGAGAUUGGUAAAGGGUGUAAGGACUGCUGUCAAAACUAAUCUGAAUCAACCAAAUUCGCUACGUCAGGAAUUGAGGAAUGCACCGUAUCAUAUCUUUGGACGCCAUGAGAAUUGCAGUUCAUUUUGCAAACGGAAAGAAAGUAAGGAAGAUGAUCUUACACUGCAGCUGGACCAAAAAUUCUUCAUAGAAAUAAAGAAAAUCAUCGAACCAAUGAUAAACAUGGCAGACAGGUUAUCAUAUAAUCAAACCACAAAUCAAGCUGAGAGGUAUAUGUCUCUGGUGGCCAAAUGUACAGGGGGUAAACGAGUCAACUUCACCAAAAGUUCCUCGUACACCGCUCGUUCUUAUGCUGCAGACCUUUCUCACACAAACGGGCCAAGUUGGCAUCUAAAGGCAUUGAGAAAUGGACCCUGUGGAAGAUUCACUGAUCAAAUCUUCAAUAGAAAGCAGAAGAAGCAUGAACUGAGGAAAAGUCGGGGCUAUAUUUAUAAAAACAAAAAAAAAUGCAAUUCCGGUACUGAUAUUUAUUAUGGACCACAAGCUGCAUUACCAGAUAUCAGUUCGGAUAAUAUGGCAGAGAGGAAGGAUAAAUUCUUGAAUAAAUUAGCAGAAAGAGUUUCAUCUUCGCAAAAAAUAGAAAAUUUCGAAAUAUCCACACGGGGGCAACACGAUAAUAAUUUAUGGAGAGAGUUGCGGAUGGAUUACUUGACCGCAUCAAAUUUUGGUAAAGUUGUGAAGAGAAGACCAACUACACCUUGCCAUAAUUUAGUGAAACAGCUACUCUACCAAAAAAAAGAUUUGAAGUCGCCAGCGAUCAUUUAUGGGAGAAUAAAUGAACAAAAAGCAGUCAGCAAAUAUGAAGAAACGAAGAAUGUGGAAGUUACUGCAUGUGGACUUUUUGUUGAUGCUACAUUUCCAUUUUUAGGUGCAUCUCCUGAUGGUUUGGUUGGAGAUGAUGGCAUCAUUGAAGUGAAGUGCCUACCUUUCAUAGAAGGAAAAUUGGCUGAGUCCAAAAAAUCUACCAACUGA